AUGGGGCUCUACUUUGAGCAAAGCUGGGCUAUUCUCAGCACAGUUGGCCUGGUCAAUGUACUCUACGGCCUCGUCGUUAUCAGCAUCACAAAGCUGUCGAUUGUUGUUCUCAUCCCCAUCAUUGUCAGCGCGGCCGGCGCGGUAGCUAAUGGACUCUGCUACUAUGCUUUCUAUUCCGACCAUCCUUUAACGAAUACUUUGGUGGCCUCUGGGUUUGCUGAUAUCUUCUGGCUUAUACAAGAAGUUGGCGUAUCCUUUUAUAGCUACGCCAUCCUGAUCAAACUCUUAAAAUCUCGAAGCCGCAUGGUCUUUUGUAUUCUAUUCUGGACAGUCGUGUCGGCCAUCAUCACCGUACGCCUUGUCAUACUGGUUGGUCGAAUUAAAAUCAUCCAAGACCCGGAUACAAAGUACCAACAAUCGGUCAAUUAUCUUCACGUCGGCUAUUUUUCACUUAUAGCCGUAUUGGAAUGCCUGAGUGCCUUCUUUCUGCUGCGCAAAUUUGCUUCAGCGCAAAGGGCCUCGAUCGAUACGCUGUUAAACACCAGUCUUUUGCAGCACCUUAUGCGAAGUACCGAGACUCGAGUUGCUUCUUUAGCUCUGCUUGGCAUCUCCAGAGCGAUCACUUAUGCGUUUUGUCCGUCCCUACCACAGGCCUUAACAACUGCCGGCCAAGUCGACCGCUUCAUAUACACACUGGAGUGCAUGUUUCCCCUGAUGAUGUACAUUGAUAUUCUAGCCUGUAAAAUCAAGUUUACAGACCGUUCCAACAUGGAGUUGCCCCGCGUCCAAAGCUUUAGAUCAGACCACGUGAGAUUGGACAGCAGCGAACAAGCGACGCCUCGCCUGCUCCAAAGGCAGUUUGAUCGGGGAACAGAAAUCAAGGAGGACGGGAUAAAGGGAGAUGAAUGA